CCGCCCGCGAUGACCUUGCUGGUUGCAUAUGACGUCUCUGUUGGAUGGCAGCACUCGAAGAUAUCCCGUGGAUAGAUUCCAUGGCCCCUUCAACUCACCUCAACGACCAUGCUGACUCUCAGCCGCCGACGGUCGCCGCUUUCUCGCCCACCACCAUAUCCGGCUCGUCGUUGACCUCAAGACAACGCUCCAGCAUCAUCGUGCACCGCAAGUCUCCUCUCCUCGUGGCCACUCCUCCGCCGGUCACACGAGCCUUGGCCUAUUCGUACCCGUUCAUUCUUCCACUCAAUACGCUCGUUGGCUUGUUGACAUGGACAACGGGCGAUUCGUCCUAUAGCUUCCUACUCGUUGCCACCUUCUGGGCGGUCGUUCUAUACGGGGAUGCAAUCAUUCUUUGGGCCGGGCCGCUCUUGGUGGUCGUCGGGUUGAUUCUUGGGAUGUAUUGGAGACGGUACUCGCCUUUAUCGACCAGAGCUUUUUCAACAGAGAAGCAUAACCAGUCGGCUGCCUCCGAGGGCUCUGCGCACCGACAUGAUAGCCUAGAUGAGAUCGUGGAGGCAAUGAGGACGUUCACCACCCGGUGCAAUAUCCUGCUCGAGCCGCUUGUGGAACUCACAGAUUUCCUGUCGACUCAAAGAUCCGCUACCUUUGCGACUACGCGGCCGGCCCUUACCACGUUGUUUGUUCGGAUUCUCUUCGUAACUCCGAUAUGGAUAACUUUGACUCUGCCUCCGCUUUACCUCAUUACUACCCGUCGUGUCAUUAUGAUAGUCGGCACAAUUAUACUUACAUACCAUUCGCGAACAGCAAGAGUUUGCCGCGUCAUUCUUUGGAGGUCUCUUACUAUUCGCCGUAUAUGCGGAAUGAUUACCGGUCUGUCAUUUGACCUGGAUGCUGGCAAGACUCACAUUCAGAGUCACGGUCACGCCGCAAACAUUGCAACUAGGCGUCGCGGAGACUCGUCGGGCGUUCGUUUUACUUUUAUCAUUUAUGAGAACCAGCGUCGUUGGCUAGGUAUCGGUUGGACGUACUCUUUAUUUCCGUCGGAACGCGCUGCGUGGACGGAUGAGCAUCUGAAUCCUGUUCCUUCGAAGAACGAGUUCGAGCUUCCCGAGGUGCAAAGCGGGAAUGCAAAGUGGCGGUGGGUUGAGGGCAGCGAAUGGCACAUUGAUGGAGCUGAUGACGAUGUGUCUGACUCCAAGGCUUCUGAUGGGGGCGGUUGGAUAUACUAUGAUAAUAAGUGGAACGACGGACGUCGCGGUCUAGACGGAUGGGACCGUUACACUCGCCGCAGAAAGUGGUGUCGGGAUGCCGAACUCGUGGAGAUCACACCAGACGGCAAGCCCCUAGAUGCACCAUCCGCCUUGACCCAGGCCUUGGCGCAAGACAUCGAGCAGAGCAAAACGGGAAAACCCGAUGCCAAUGCCGAUGCUUCAACAGUCGACGCUGAUUCCGUGAGUCUCGCCCCGUCCACAACCUCUAGCAAAGCCCGGCGCCGACGUUGGUUCGGCAGUUCCUCAAACUCGAAAAGUGUAAGCGACAGCAAAAACAGCAGCAGCACAUCUACUCCACCAGCCACAAAUAACAAUGACUCCGAAAGCCCUGGAAAUGCGAAAAUAACCUCUUCUUCUGCCACUAGUACUAGUCACAACCGCAGCAGCUCCUCGUUAAGGAGCGUCUCUUCAAGACCGGUGAGCAUCUCCAGGUCUCGGAGACUGUCCGGUCUCUCUGGGAGCAAUUCUGGUUAUAACACCGGAAGUCCGCAUGGGAGUAGCACGGUCGCAAGCGAUAGCCUUAGUAUUCGGGAGAAGGAGAUUUCGGAUGCUCAGGAUCGGUUAGAUAAAUGGGGGGCUAGGGCUACGGGGGGGACGGAACGGGCGGAGAGGGAGCUUGGACUCGGUGAUGAGGUGAAUAUGGGACUGAGCUGA